AUGUCUGGGUCUGUAGGCAAUUCUGCAGGAAUUUCUAUUGGCGAAGAACUUAAUGGCCAGAACUAUUUUGCUUGGUCACAAUCUGUGAGGAUGGUUCUCGAGGGACGGCACAAGUUCGAGUAUCUAAUAGGGGAGAUACCCAGACCAAAUCCUGGGGAUCCUCAGGAACAAAUGGAUCUGUGUCGGGAAAUAGUUUGGAAUUGCCCAGUCGAUGGGGUUCAGUAUUUGAAGAUUGAGGAGGUUGACCGCAUAUAUGAUUUUCUGACUGGCUUAAACUCGAAAUUUGAUGGUGUUCGGAGCCGAAAUUUGGGACAAAGAUCAAUGUCGUCCCUGAUGGAAGUUUGCUCAGAGGUCAGAUUGGAAGAGGAUCGAACUAGUGCUAUGAAUGGUACAACGCCUAAUUCCCUUGACUCUGCUGCGUUUGGAGUCAAGUCAUCUGGAUCAGAGAAUGACAAACAGAGUGGAAAGACCCCUCCAAUUUGUGAACAUUUGCGUGUGGCAAAACCUGAGUGGUUCGCGAACUUCGGCGGUUGGACGGAUGACACGGCGUUGAUGACUGAUCGGACGAACAACGGUGAUGGUGGCACAACUAGCACAGCUCGAGAAGUAAAGCGGCUAGAGUCUAUAAGUAGAUCUCCAGUUUAUGCUCAAUUUGCUGAAGCUUUAAAUGGCCUUUCAACUAUUCGUGCAUACAAAGCUUACGAUAGAAUGGCUGAAAUUAAUGGGAAAUCCAUGGACAAUAAUACUAGAUUUACCCUUGUGGACAUGAGUGGAAAUCGAUGGCUUUCAGUCCGUUUAGAAACCAUGGGUGGUCUUAUGAUAUGGCUUACAACCAUUUUUGCUGUGAUGCAGAAUGGCAAGGCAGAAAGCCAGCAAGCAUUUGCAUCCACCAUGGGUCUUUUACUUAGCUAUGCUUUAAAUAUUACCUCUUUGCUUAGAGGUGUAUUAAGGUUUGGAAGCAUAGCUGAGAACAGUUUAAAUUCUGUUGAGCGCAUUGGGACCUACAUAGAUUUUCCUUCAGAGACUCCAUCAAUUAUUGAGAGCAAUCACCCCCCUCCUCAAUGGCCUUCAUCUGGACUUAUAAAAUUUGAGGGUGUCGUCUUACGAUAUAGACCUGAGCUCCGAACAGUCUUGCAUGGUCUAUCUUUCACAAUUCUUUCCUGUGAAAAGGUUGGAAUUGUCGGACGAACAGGUGCCGGAAAAUCAAGCAUGAUAAAUGCCUUAUUUCGUAUGGUCGAAUUGGAAAGGGGCAAAAUAUUGAUUGAUGGUUUCGAUGUUGCAAUGUUUGGGUUACUAGAUUUGAGAAAAGUUCUUGGCAUUAUACCACAGUCACCCAUUCUUUUUUCAGGAACUGUUAGGUUUAAUCUCGAUCCAUUCAACAAUCAUAAUGAUGCUGAUCUUUGGGAAGCUUUGGAGAGGGUACAUUUAAAGGAUUUCAUAAGGAGGAAUACGUUUGGUCUUGAUGCUGAGGUUUUGGAGUAUAACACUCCGAAAGAACUGUUAUCAAAGGAAGAAAGUGCUUUCUCAAAGAUGGUUCAAAGUACAGGAACUGCCAAUGCGCAAUACUUGCACAGCUUAGUACUUGAAGGUGAAGGUGAGAAAAGGUUUGGAUUAGAAGAGAAGAUUUAGAUGGAUGGAUAGAGGAGAUUGCUUGCUUGCUCAUGUUGUAAUUUGAUGAUAUUACAUUGUAUUGGAAUGA